AAUGCUGACGAGGAUGAUUUUCGGGGUUUCUGAGCGACAGCAUGUGAGCUCGAAUUCGAAGCACCGUUCCGUCGACGAGGCAUUGCAUUGCACGAAGUGCUGAAGGCGAAGUGAUUGCUCUGGAGAUGCACCGAAAUCUCGUAGCGAGUGAAGAGUCCACUUGGGAGGAUUCGGUAUGUGUGGGUUUGGCCAUCCAGGGCGGUGAGAUCAGAUAUUCAUGAGACAACAAUUUGGGUGCUGCGACACAAUUGGGUAUGUGCCUACUACACACCCUAGUGCUUUACGAGCCAGACGAUGGUGUCCUCAAUUCAGCACAAGUGCCCCAUCCCCAACAAGUUGAUGCCAUAUGGUCCCCACCUGCGAAUCCGACGCGGGGUCCAAAUUUUGUCGCCCAGGUGUGAAUCGUGCACGCAAACCCGAAAUUUCUGGAAUAGUGCAAUCUCCAUCAGUCCAGCAAUGCCAUCGUUUCUACACCGACACGUGCAUGAAUCUCACACACGAGAGAAUCGUCAACGUUUUUUUUUACCCAUGUUCAAAUUUUGCGACAACUCGUAGUAAAAUUGUUCCAAUGGAGAGUCCCAUGUAGGGACUUAAGAUGUGCGGAGGCGAUUGCAGCAUGUAUGGGAAGGAUUUCCCCGUUGGUGCAGAUCUAAAGGUUCACGCGGACAUCGAUGUCAAAUCGAGGUGAGAGUGAGAACAUGGAACGCAGCGUUCUCGCAGGAUGGAGAAGGAUGGAGAAGGAUGGAGAGGGAUGGAUUCGUCGAGCUAUUUUCGGAAGGAUGGUGUGGACAGCCGGAAGGCUUCUCUUAUUCGUUGCAUUGACUAGCCCGGCACGUCACUGGAUGAACCACCGCCACUUGAGGAGGAACGAGGUGGGAACGAGGCUCCUGCUUGUCUCCUUCCUCAGGUGCCUGCCGCUCCAGGAUUUGGUAGGGAAUUCGUCGUCGUUGGUUCUUUUUUUUUCGAGAUUCUGGGACACUGCUCCCGAGCGCGGCAGGAGCUACCACUAUUGCAGGUGGAUCGAAAACUUCGUGAGUUGGAACAAUCCGCCGCCUGAGACGAGAAGAGAUGCUGCGUGUCUGGAGAACUCAUAGGCGUCGCGGUCAUCCUGAGAAUUCUCGAGGAGCAAGUUCUUUGCCCAGAGGCUAGAUGCGACAAGGAUGCGAGUGUCGAUUGGUUUAAUUGGACUGGGUUGUAGUGAGUACCUGGAAAUAAGUGGUGGAGGUUCUCUCAGACAUGCGGGGAGCACGUAGUCUCCUGCACUAUUUAUUACUUGAUACACCAGUUCCGAACUUUUUUUGCCUGGUGAAAGUGCUUGUGGAGUGUGUGAUGCUGGCAGCGACCCUAGCGUUGAAGAGUGGCACAAGCUUGUAUUCUUCAAUUAGUGUUUUGAUCUAGACUUGGAUUGGGUGUUCACGGAUGUCAUGUACAAAUUUGUCGCGUUUUUCAGGGGUGGAGAGCAUACUCCUGACAAGUUUGGUCCUUGUGAUUGACCAGCCCGUUCGUGAAAUUGUAGAACGGGAAACACUCGCGUUCAGUCAAAGAUCUUUAUUACAAAGACGAGGUUUCUAUUACACGAGAGUUAGUGUACAGUUUUUGCCUUAUUCAGUCGGGGAGAAGGUUGGGAGCCUUCAUCGGUUUUCACAUCUGGUAAGCUGAGUGUAUUUCGCACACAAAGGACGCGAUUCAUUUACAGCUUAUGGAUUAUCAAAGAUACACGUGACUGAUCACGGGAUCCGUGAGCUUGCGGUUUUUGGUCGCAAUAUUCUGAAUCUCUACACCGGUGAGGUUCGGUCGAAGCCGUGUUUUUGUGACUUGCUCCAGUAACUAGUUACUCUAUCCAUGCUCCGCCUAAAAUCACACAUUCUGCAGUCUAUAAGCAAUCCAUCGAUUCUGUUGUCUCUCUUUUUAGUGGAUCCAACACACAAUGUUCUUGCAAACAGUAGUUGUUGCACAGCACGAUUCCAUAUUGCCCCUACAGAUACUCGAACUGUGAUCGCAGGUUUUCGUUUCUGUUUCCAUUUUAAAUCUGGCGCAACCGAUGCUGACAAUCUUGCCGCCUAGCGCACAUUGGGAUCUGGACUUCCUGGUCGGUGACUGUAUUAAGACAAAUCGUUACAAUCUGGGCGUGUGUCAUGCGUGGUCGACAUUCACAUUGUGUUUUAGGACUCUGGUCCAUGACUCAUAGAUGAGCAGCGAAGCUUAAAGCUCUCCAAGCGGAUCACUCCACCAUCCUUUCUGUGCUAGUUUAUGCUAUCUUCUUGAAGAGUGAGGCUGUUAUGUGCGAAGAUGACAUAUAUGUAGCGGUCGGUGCAGGAUCACAAUUCAGCAUUUCUAGAAGCUUAGCGCUUGUGUAUUUUUACACACACCUUGAAGUUGUACACAUGUCUGCCUCGAUUUGAAAUCUAAAGCUGCGGACGAGGCAUGGUUACUGUUCCACGUUAAUCUUCCACAAUUGGAGUCGUUUCCGAGAAGAUGAAUCCCUAUUCUGCAGCUUCCUGCAAAUGUAUUCUUAUUCAACAACAAUCCCCCCACCUUUGCCAAGACAACUUGGUUAUUUUACCACCAGCAUCUGUGAAGUUUGAAGCUCGAGAUUGGGCACUGUUGAUAGUGUAGACAGGAUAGUCGACAUCAGUCAAUUUUCAUGGCUGAACUGAUGUGGAGGGCAUGGCUCAUCGGUUCUUAUGGGGUCUUCUGUUACGUUCUGCUUCUCGAAGCAUGGCUGGUAAAUGGUCUUAGGCAGAACGAUGCAGACAAAUUGCAAUACCGUGGAAGGUAUCUUAUGCAAGCGGGACCUAUUCCGACACCAUUAACGAUACCACUUCCUCCACCCCCUCCUUCUGAACCACCAACCUCACUUUCAGAACAGCGUUCUCCUCCUCCAUCCGAAACCUCGCUUCCUCCUGCCAUUACCUCCCAUUCACCACUAGCUCCUCCUCUAGAAACAAUCCCACCCCCUGUUUCUCCCCCCCCUAGUUCUGUGGAACCCCCUCCAAGUCCUCCGAAAGAAUCUCUUCCUCCAGUUGUAGGACCCGAGCUUCCUGCACAAACUCCUACCGAAUCCCCUCCUCCACCUUCUAUUACUCUCUCUCCUCCAUCUCCAGCUCACUCUGAUGUCCCGCCUCCGUCUGUGCCCCCUCUUACACCAGACUCUCCACCCCCUCCUGCUGUAGAUGCUGUCCCACCAUCCAUCCCAGACUCCCCUCCUCCUCUGCUCGAAGCGCCUCCGCCACCUCCAAUUUCUCUACCUCCUCUAUCUCCAACUCCCUCUGUUACUGCUACACCUGAUGUGCCUGCUCCAUCUACGCUUCCACCCACAUCAGACUCUCCACCACCUCCUGCUGAAGGUGCAGCUUCACCAUCAAUUCCAGACUCCCCUCCUCCACCUCUGAUUAUCAUACCACCUCCAUCUCCAGCUCCCACUGCUACUGCUACACCUGAUGUUCCUCCUCCAUCUACCCCUCCUCCCACAUUAGACUCUCCACCACCUCCUGUUGAAGGUGCCGCUCCACCAUCAAUUCUGGACUCUCCUCCUCCUCAGAUUGAAUCCCCUCCUCCACCCCCGAUUACCAUAUCUCCUCCGUCUACGCCUCCCCCCACUUCAGACUCUCCACCACCUCCUGAUGUAGGUGCCGUUCCACCAUCAAUUCCAGACACCCCACCUCCUGCAAGUAACCCUCCCCCUUUGUCAAUACCAAACGCUCCACCCCCCUCAUUAGAGGUUCCCUCGCCCCCUUCUCUAGGUGCUCCGCCUCCAACUACUCCAGAUUCUCCUCCUCCGCCCAAUGUUCUGCCUCCGACUACCCCAGAUUCUCCUCCUCCACCCAAUGCCUCGCCUCCGACUACCCCAGAUUCUCCUCCUCCACCCAAUGCUUCGCCUCCGACUACCCCAGAUUCUCCUCCUCCACCCAAUGCUUCGCCUCCAACUACCCCAGAUUCUCCUCCUCCACCCAAUGUACCGCCUCCAACUACACCAGAUUCUCCACCACCAUCGAUUUCCCCACCUCCCACUUUGACUCCUCCUAGCAUUCCAGUAGAUCCUCCGUCUUCGCAACCUCCCGCAGUCAGUCCUCCCCCUCCUGUGUCUAUUCCACCAUCUGAACCUCCCACAAACUCACCCUCACCGCCAGCACCAAUUCCUUUCGCUCCAAACCCUAGUCCUACCACCUCACCCUCUCCACCAAGUACGGUGUUCCCUCCUCCUUCUCCUUCUCCCCCCUCUCCACCCCCCUCGUCUCCUGAUUCGCCUCCUUCUCCUAUUCCUCCUAAUUCUUCACCCCCUGAUGCUUCACCACCCCCACCUCGUUCGCCUAGUCCUCCUGAUGUUGUCUCUCCACCGUCAGAGGUUCCUCAACCAGCUGCUCCUCCCAGUACUCAAUUAUCUCCACCGGCAGCACGUUCACCUACAACUGUGUCGCCUCCUCUACCUUCCACACAACCCCCGCCUCCUAGGGAUCACUUGUCACCACCAGCUGGAGCACCACCUCCGAACUCAAUUCUUGCACCACCUCCGCCCUCUAUUUUUGCGCCACCUCCAUAUGCACUUGCCCCUGGCCCGGGAGUACAGGGAUGCUGCGCUCCCAAUAUGAUGCUUCAACCUGGAUCUCUGGGAACUAUCCAAUGUCGAUGCGUGUAUCCUGUCACUGUGAAGCUGCAAUUCAUCAACGCCUCGAGCGAUACCCCGAAUUUGCAAGAAAUUUUUCAAUACGAGUUAGCAUCACAGCUUAAACUCCUUGACGUGCAAGUUUUUGUAAACUAUUUCAAGUUCGGUGAGAAUUCGAGCUUUUCUGUGAAGGCUGGAAAAGUGGAUGGUCCAAUGAACGUUGAAUCUGAUAUUGGGCCAAUAUCAGGCAUCAGCUUUUCAGUUGCUGAAAUUUCGAGAAUCAAUCAAACGAUUUGGUCGGGGAAAGUGAAGUUCAAUGAAACUUACUUCGGGGAUUACUCGGUGAUCAGUGUAACCCCCGAGUUUAUCCCCCCAACUAUUCCGGUGGCUCCUCCUCCUGUGAUAACCUCGCAGCCCUCUCACGAAAUUGCGCCUACUCCCUCUAAAAGUUCGUCAACUGCAUUGUAUGCGGGCAUAGGAAGUGGUGUAGGGGCAGUGCUCUUGUGUCUUGUUAUAGCCUUCUGCAUUUGGAACUCCCUCCAUUCGAGAAAACGAAACGAAGAGAACGAUACUGUAAGCAGCAGCAAAGUGAGUGCAUUGCAGUCGCAUCAGCUUGCGGGUGCGCUCCCUUCGAGGUGGGUGCCUGUAGACAGCAAGUCCUUUCCCAGACCAAAACAGACUCGUGAAUUCACCUAUGAAGAAUUAAGUGAGGCAACAAAUGGCUUCGCGCCGUCGGCCUUCAUCGGUGAAGGCGGAUUUGGUAAAGUUUAUAAAGGCAUCUUGAGAGAUGGCACGGAGGUGGCAAUCAAGAAGCUCACUACAGGCGGGCACCAGGGUGAUCGAGAGUUUUUAGUGGAGGUUGAGAUGUUGAGCCGGUUGCACCAUCGGAACUUGGUCAAGCUUUUAGGGUAUUUCUGUUGUCGGGAACCACUAGUGCAGCUUUUAUGUUACGAGCUCAUUCCCAACGGAAGCGUGGACUCGUGGCUGCACGGCACUCUAUGUGCAACUUUCGGACCCCUGGACUGGCCUACACGCAUGAAGAUAGCUAUCGGGUCAGCGCGCGGGUUGCAAUACUUGCAUGAGGACUCUCAGCCCUGCGUAAUCCAUCGGGACUUCAAGGCGUCCAAUAUUCUGCUGCAGAACAAUUUCCAUGCCAAGGUGGCGGACUUUGGUCUUGCAAGGUUAGCUCCUGAAGGACAAGGGAACUACGUUUCAACGCGUGUAAUGGGCACCUUCGGCUAUGUGGCACCUGAGUACGCUAUGACGGGCCACUUGUUGGUGAAGAGCGAUGUGUACAGCUACGGAGUCGUGCUUCUUGAGCUUCUUUCUGGACGUAGACCAAUCGAUCACGCACAAGAAGCUUUUGAGAAUAUUACAGCUUGGGCGCGACCACUGCUCACUGAUAGCAACCGCAUCCACGAACUAGCGGACCCGCUUCUCGAUGGCAAGUACCCGACCGAAGACUUUGAGCAGGUGGCCGCGUUGGCAAAGUCGUGCAUCGAGCCGGAGUGGCGGGCGCGACCCACCAUGGGCGAGGUUGUCGCUAGCUUGAACCAAAUCUGCUGGUCGGGGGAGUACAACACGAGCAGCGACGUGGAGAGAGCAAGUAGCGAGCACGAGACUGGUAAUCUACAAAGCGUUGGCUUACCACGCAUCUCGAACUCAACCUCGACAAGCUCAAAUAGCUCCUCUGCCUUCUCAAUGCCAUGGCCUGGAGAUCGCCGACCUCCCUUUUCUUCAUACGCCGCCGGCAUCGGCCCUUCUGCUUUCACUCCAAACUCCAGCAACCAAUUCACGAGCGUCAGUGGGCUUGUCGACGACUCUUUUUCAAAGACCAACAUUGUUUCGGAGGAUUUGCAAGAGGGCAGGUAAUUUCGCUGCAGGCAGUCUCCACAUCGCUGGACGACCUCGGAGUUAACCCCAUGGUCUACUAUCUGUCGCAAGUUUUGUGGCUGGCCUGGGCUGCCAAGAGGCUGCCUUCUACGAAACCCAUGUAGACAUGAUUGAUCGACCGAUCUUAAUGAGGAAGAGUGAGGGGUCAAUUUCGCUUGGGUUCAGGACACUGAGCUGCUCAGUGCACUCGGAAGCUGUGCAAUGCGAUGCCUGCUCGAUGACUGAACGUUUAACUCACUGCGGAUGAAGCUUUGUCACGGCACUCGGAACCAGUAAAUGGUAGUGUUUUCAAAGUGGAUGCGCCAUCUGGAAUUUUCCCCUCUUUUUUCCUUUUUCUGGUUUUUUUCUUUUUUUUCUAACUCCUAAAAGAGGAGUAAGAUUGUAGCCAAUGAAGUUCGAGAAAGGUGCAUUACCUUCUGCAAGAUGCUGUGUAACGCCAUUUUCUUGCUGGUCCACAUUUGGGAUUGCAAUUUGGGCGUUGGAGCAUCCCUUCAGCAUUGUUUCAUCACUGAUAUUUUUGUAUCAAUCUUCAGUAUUAUUGACAAAGAAAAAUUUUAUUUACUACAGCUUAAA